AUGUCUCACACUCUUGCAGCAGUGCCAAGAUUCAGGGGAGCUAGAUGUGCUUUAUGCAAGAAAUCUCGCGAGGUGUUCGAUGGCAUGCAGCAGAAGAACGUUUACUCGUGGAGUAUGAUGAUUGGAGCCUAUGCCCAGAAUGGGCGUCGCAACGAGGCAUUUUUGCUGUUCGAACGAAUGGAAAGUGAGGGAAUCCGUCCAAACGCAGUGACCUGUCUACAUGUUCUGGGAGCGUGCUCUUGUCAGAACGAGCUUCCAUUCGGGAAGAAGGUUCACGCCUACAUCUCCGCCAGCGAGUUCAAAUGGGACAUAUCUCUCCAGACAUCUCUUGUCAACAUGUACGCCAAGUGUGGUAGUCCAGCAGAUGCGAAAGCGGUCUUCGACAGCAUGGCUCGGAAGGAUAUAGUGACUUGGAAUGCAAUGGCUGGUGCAUCUGUUCACAACGGGCAGUCACACAAGCUUCUCCGAGAGAUGGACUUACAGGGUGUGAAGCCGAAUGCCACUACUUAUGCCAGCAUCACCAGGGGUUCUUCGACGCUUACAGGUUGCAGGGCUAUGGAGCAGCGGCUCCUCGCAUCCGGUUAUAUGUCACACGUUCCAGUCCAGAACGCUCUCGUCAACGUGUACGCGAAGUGUGGAGAUUUAGAAGGAGCCAGAAAGGUUUUCAACCGGCUGGAGAGGAAGGACGUGAUCUCCUGGAGUACUAUGAUUUCGGCGUACAACCAGUCCGGCCGUCACAGCGAGGCAAUCGAGAUCUACAGGCUGAUGGAGUCAGAGACCUCCGUGGAGCCAAACGCAGUCACUUUUGUUGGAGUUAUAGGGGCAUGCACAGGCUGUGGAGAUGUGAUUCGGGGCAGACAAGUUCAUGGAAGACUAGUUUCUUUGGGGCUUGAGACCGACGUUGCGGUGGGAAGUGCUCUGGUGCAAUUGUAUGUCAAGUGCGGAAACCUGGAAGAUGCAAAGAAGGCGUUCGAUCGUGUCGAGAAGAGGGACGUUUUGUGCUGGAACUUUAUGCUCUCGGCCUACUCCGAGCGUGGUUCUCCCCAGCAAGUUAUCGAAGCAUACGACGCUAUGGACGUGGAGCCUAAUGCUGUGACAUACACCAACGUCCUCAUCGCUUGCUCGGCUAUGGAGGACCUGGCCCAGGGGCAGAAGGUUCACUCUCGAAUCGUGAGCAGUGGACUUGAGACCGACAUGACAAUGGAAACCUCCCUUCUCAGCUUGUAUAUCAAGUGCCGAAGCUUGAAGAGCGCCUGCCAGGUCUUCGAGGCGAUGGGGAAGAAGGAUGUGAUACCUUGGAACUUCAUGAUGGUGGGCUAUAUCGAUCACGACUGCGAUACCGAGGCUCUCAGGCUGUACGCGAGAAUGCAUGAAGCCGGUGUCGAGGCCAACAACGUCACCUUUGCCAACGCUCUCAAGGCAUGCUCGAAGAUCAAGGACAUCGAAACAGGCAGCAAAGUCGAGGCUAUGAUCACAACGAAAGGAUUUGAGACGGACGUCGUCACGGACACAGCACUGCUCAACAUGUAUGCCGCAUGUGGAAACUUGGAAGCCGCGAAGAGGGUGUUUGGCAGCCGCAGGGACGAACGCCGAGACGUAGUUUUCUGGACCGCGAUGAUCGCGUCAUACGCUCAAGCAGGCCGUGGCGAAGAAGCUCUCGCGCUCUACAAGACGAUGCUCUCCGAGGAGAUCAAACCCAACAGCGUCACAUACACGAGCGUUCUGAGUGCGUGCUCGAGCCUCGGAAACAUACUGGAAGGCAGGAAGAUUCACUCGAGCCUGGAGGGAAAGGCCGAGGAGCUGGACGUGGCCGUGCAAAACUCGCUACUCAGCUUGUACGCCCGGUGUGGAAGCCUGCGAGACGCUUGGAGCUGCUUCGCCAAGAUCCACAACAGGGACGUUUUCUCGUGGACGGGGAUGGUGGCAGCGUUUGCUCACCACGGCCACAGCGCCAGAGCCCUCGAGCUCGUCCGAGAGAUGGAGCUGUGCGGGGUCUCUCCCGACGCCGUCACCUUCCAGAGCGUUCUACACGCGUGCAGUCACGAGGGAUCGCUGGAGAGAGGCUGGGCGAGCUUUGUGUCCAUGGCUGUGGACUACGCCGUGGAGCCGAGCAAAGAUCACUACCUGUGCAUGGUUGAUCUUCUGGCGCGGGCUGGGCGACUGGCAGAGGCGAGAGAAGUGAUCCAGUUUGUGGGGCUGGAGAGGGAGAGCAUGGGCUGGAUGAUGCUGCUUGGUGCGUCGAGAACGCACAGCAACCUGGCCAUGGGAGUGGAGGCUGCGCAGUGCGUGGCUCCAGAAGAUGGCCUUGCGAUGUAUAGAGGGCGACCAAGAGGAGGGGGGCCACCGUGUCUUGUGGAGCUUGUCAGAGGCGUUGCAAGUGGGAGCAGGCCACAAGAGCAAGGCGUGCUUGCCAUCCCAAUCAAACCUGUAGCCAAACAAGCUUGGAUACGAGUGACACUCGCCACACUCCUUUUGAUCGAACCGAGGCCCCGAGAUGUUGCAUCCCGGGUCGAGGAAAACACCGAAGGAGCCGCCACUCACAAAUCCAUGGAAGAAAAUGCCCCAAACGAUGAGAGUUGUAGUAGCCCCCAACACUCCCCUCACAACUUUGUCAAUGCGCCUGUAGCUCAGUGGAUAGAGCGUCUGUUUCCUAAGCAGAAAGUCACAGCGUUGAUAAGUGGUGGAAAAUUGCAUGGCAUUAAGGACAGGGAGAGCACUCGCCCCAACCCCAUAACCGUGAGCUCAGCAAGAAUGGAGCCCUACCCAGCUACAAAUUAA